AUGUUGGUCUAUGUACUCGCCCGCAACGGGACCUUGUUCGACUACAUUCAUCAUGUUAAUGGGAAAAAAGCAUUGUCUUGGCAUAUUCUUUUAAAGAUAGCCUCAGAAUCUGCAGCUGCUCUUGCUUAUCUGCAUUCUGCAGCAGAGACAUCAAAACCAAUGAUCAUUCAUGGAAAUGUCAACUCUUCCAACAUAUUAUUAAGCGAUUGUUUUGUGGCCAAGGUCUUCGGUUUCGGAUCUUCAAGGUUGGUCCGGGUCCCUAGUAAUGAAUCCCAGAUGAACACAUUGGUACAGCAGACGGUUGGUUAUCUAGACCCCGAAUAUCUCCAAACAGAACAAAACGACAUAUUUCAGAUCGUUGUGCCACAACUAGUAAACGAGGGUAACAGAGAGCAACUCAGAGCUGUUGCGGAGCUUGCAAAGAGUUGCCUCAAGUUGAGUAGUGCCGAAAGGCCUGCGAUGGAAGAAGUGGCAAGGGAAUUGAGGAGGUUGUGUGGCAGGGCAGCACACAUUCUUUCCUAA